AUGUCGGAUGAGGAUACCAGCACCGCUGGCCUUUCCCCGGCACAGCAAGAAACCCUACAGACGUAUAUUGCAGUGACUGGGCAGGAGCCUUCAGAAGCAAUUCCACUGCUCAGUCGGUCCGAAUGGAAUGCUCAGAUUGCAAUCACCAAGUUUUUUGAUGGUGAGGGUCCUGAUCCGCUCGCCGAAGCUCAGGCAUUGCCACCCCAACGAGUCACACGAAAUCUGCUCCAUGAACUUGAUGACCUCUCCCCUCAACCCUCUUCUGCCGCUCGCGGCCUAGAACCCGCUCCAAGAAUAUCCACGCAACCCAGCGAACCAACUACCUUCCAGCCGCCUUUUCUCCUUGCCAUUCUAUUUUCCCCCUUCAACCUUCUCUCUCGAAUGCUAGUGAGCUCUCUUCGUAUAUUUGGAACGCUUUUUCCGUUCUUGCCCCGAAUAUUGAGUGCGUUUACAUCAUCAACUCUGCGAAAUACCAAAGGGAACACAAGUGGUCGUAAAUCUUUGGGCCCAAAGGACACAGCAGUGCGCUUCAUUCGCGAAUUCGAGGAGGAAUAUGGCCCUAAUACGCUGCACUGGCUGGAAAGCGGCUACAACAUGGCUGUGGAAAAGGCUCACCGAGAUUUAAAAUUCCUUGUCGUGAUUAUUCUAUCCCCAGAACAUGAUUACACGAAUAGCUGGGUUAAGGAUACACUUCUCAGCGAACAGGUUAAAGCCUUUCUAGCUGACCCCAGGAAUAAUGUCCUAUUGUGGGGUGGGAACGUACAAGACUCAGAGGCGUACCAGGUCGCCCAUUCUCUUCGCUGCACGAAGUUCCCUUUUGCUGCUGUAAUAUCCCAUACACCAAACGUUUCAUCCUCCGCGAUGUCGGUCAUUGCGCGAAUGACCGGGUUAACUUCCCCAUCCGCUUUUCUAGAAAAGGCCAGGUCCGCCAUGGACCAGAAUAAAGCUUUACUUGACCGGGCUCGAUCAUCUAGAGCCGAGCAGCAAGCCUCCAGGUCAAUCCGUGAACAGCAAGACUCCGCAUAUGAGCGUUCGCUCGCCAUUGACCGCGAGCGUGCUCGGCAGAGACGAGAAGCAGAACUAGAACAAGCACGACUUGAAAAGGAACGAAAGGAAAAAGAAGCCACCACCGAGAAAUUUGCUAGGGACCUUGAGCAAUGGAAGAAGUGGCGAGCUCAGUCAAUUUCUCCAGAGCCAGCCAUGACAGACCCAGAUGCAAUACGGAUUAGUAUUCGCCUUGUCUCUGGAGAGCGAGUUAUUCGUCGCUUUUCGGGAAACACUAGCCUCGAAGACUUGUACGCUUUUGUAGAAUGCUAUGAAGUUUUCAAGGCAGAAUCCGAGGAAGCUGGCUCCUCGAAAAUCCAGGUGGAGAGGCCACAUGGCUUUGAACACAAGUACGGUUUUCGUUUGGUGUCCCCUAUGCCCCGUGUUGUAUACGACCUUGAAACAGGAGGAUCAAUGAAACAACGAGUUGGACAUGGAAGCAAUUUGUUGGUCGAAACUAUAGACGAUGAGUCGUCGGACGGCGAGUAA